AUGGACGUCAUUCAGCGAAUGGUCCAAGAGACCCAAGAUUCCCUAUCCGAUGAUGCGCUUUUACCCCUUAAGUCUUACAAGUACUCGAGUGUUGACAAGUCCCCUAUCUCGAAUUACAUUCUCAGACACUACUGGAAUGCUUUCGUUGAGCUUCUGCCCAUGUGGAUGGCGCCGAACAUGGUGACCCUGCUCGGGUUCAUGUGGAUUGUGGCGAACGUCUUGUUGAUUGUGAUCUAUAUGCCUGAUCUUUUGGGACCGGCCCCUGCAUGGCUGUACUUCAGUUUCGCCCUCGGCAUGUGGAUGUACUCCACUCUGGAUAAUGUGGAUGGCAAACAGGCUCGGAGAACGGGAACUUCCAGCGGGCUGGGAGAAUUAUUUGAUCACGGAAUUGAUUCCCUGAACUGUACCCUGGCUAGUUUGUUGGAGACUGCUGCCAUGGGAUUCGGUGCUUCCCAGCUUGGUGCCUACACCGCACUUGUUCCUUGUCUCGCGAUGUACUUCUCGACAUGGGAGACCUUCCACACGCACACACUUUAUCUCGGCUACUUUAAUGGACCUACCGAAGGUCUCCUCAUCGCCAUUAGCAUUAUGAUUGCGUCCGGUAUUUGGGGACCGGGUAUCUGGGCGCAGCCGAUUACCGAUUUGAUCAACCUCCCGCAGAUCUUCGGCACCAACUCCGUCAAGGACCUCUGGGUGCCGAUUCUUGUUGGUGGUUUCCUCUUGGGCCACCUCCCAGGUUGUGUUAUGAACGUGUAUGCCGCGCGCAAGAAGCAGGGUCUGCCGUUCACCCCUCUUCUCAAGGAGUGGGUGCCUAUGAUUAUGUUCACUCUGUGCAACGUCGCCUGGCUGUUCUCGCCUUACUCGCACCUUCUCACUGAUAACCACCUGGUUCUUUACUGCUGGGUUAUCUCCUUCGUCUUCGGCCGCAUGACCACCAUGAUCAUCCUGGCCCACCUGCUGCGCCAGCCCUUUCCCUUCUGGACCGUUCUGCAGGCCCCUCUCAUCGGCGGUGCCGUGUUGGCAAACUUGCCUCGCCUCGGUCUCCCGAUGGUCAGCGCAUGGGUGGAGGUCUUGUACCUGCGCCUGUACUUGGUGUUUGCCUUUGUAAUUUACAUGCACUGGGCCGUUCUGGUCAUCAACCGGAUCACCACGUUCCUCGGCAUCAACUGUCUCACCAUCCGCAAGGACCGAUCUAUCGCUCGGGACAGGGUUUACCGUGACUUUGGUGAAGCUGGCCUGGGCUCCUCUAACAACACUGAGGAGGGUGGUUAUAAGCACCAUUGA